AUGGCCCGCAGAUUGUUUAUGAAGCAUCUGGCCGAAGCCAGUCUUGCGGUCAUUGGGCAGAUACAAGGGGUACACUCUCCAGACGAGGGACUCAUUAGCUGUCUCUACACCCAUACGAAGGCCUCGGAGCCUUACCAUGUCCGCGUACAACUUUACACUACCAACCUCGAUGAAUAUCCCAACGGCAAUUCUUACAUGCUCUAUACUGAUGACGAGAAUGUCGAUCCUACCAUCCCCCAGGCGUUACAGAAAGUGACUGACAAUUCCACCGGCAAGACACUUCCAGCCAUACUGACUGAAGUCUCGGAGCGGCUUACAGCAGCCAUAAUGUGUCACACAGAAGAGAAAGCAGAGUCUGAAUCUGGAGUCGAUAACUCCGAUGAUUUCGAUGCAGACCUUGAGUUCUAUGAUUCAGACGAUGGCGAAUUCGGGCUGGGCGACCUCAACUACAGUGGCGUAGCGCACCACAUAGGAUCUUCAAACACCUAUUCCUCCAAAAAGACCCAAGUCAAGAUGGGGAAGAUACGAGAAGACCUCCGUAUUCUCAAAGCAGCAGGUUUCCGUGUCGGUAUCUUUGGCAAUCUUGCCACGUCGGGCGUCCUGUGCAUUUCAAUUCGUGUUGUCAAGCUAGGUCUAUCCGACGAAGCCAUGCAGGCUUGGGGUUUACGACGCAAACAUUAUCUCAUACUCCUAAUCAAAUAUUCGGGCGGAUACAUUGAUGCCACCGAGCUGGCAAAGAAUCCUUAUGUCCGGGCCGGUGUGAGGAUGCGUGUCGGCCUCUGUGAGCAUUACAAGCCUUCCUUGCAUGAAGCAUCAGCAUUUCUCGAUACUGUCGAACAAGAUGGCGCUUUGUACCGACCUGAAAACAUCGAAAAGGGUCCCGAAUUGGAGCCAUUAUUCAUUGGCAAAGCACUCAACCAGUUUCUCGAGGAGCGCUUGUUCGUCAUUAUCAAAUCUCGCAUCUCGCAUGGUUUUGGCUGGCUAGGGGCAGAAACAUUCGUCGCCGAAAGACAAGCGUCGUCGGAAAGUGCGGCCAUUGACGACUUGGGAAAAUAUCAAAGUGACGACAGUGUCAUCACACGCAGCCUUCCAGGUAUUGCCCUCGCAGAUCAUCUGCGGGAGGUGCCGCUUGAACAUGUUUCAUUGCCCCUGGUAAUCAUGCAGUUCGUUCUCAGACACUUCGUCCGUUGUACUGAGUUCUGUCUUGUGUGUCACUGUCGCCUCGACGACUCGUUCGAGGCUCUCAAACCCUACGUCUGCACGAAACCACUUUGUCUGUACCAGUACAUGUCUCUUGGCUUUGGCACUAGCUUGGAAUGGGAGAUCAUCUCUCAACCGUACGUUGUGGAUCUGUUGGUGAGCUUUUGUUAUGCUGCCGCGAGCCUAGGCCGACUCAAGGACCUCCCACUCGGCAUGGGCUUAGUAGUGCCUGUUCCUCCUCGGGUCGUAUUCAACCAUCCUGCACUACAAGUCCACCCUCAUACAACUGGCCCGGUACCUCAGUCCCAAGGGGGAAAAUCAUUCUCUUGCCGUUGGUCGCCCGCUCUGAACUCACUCAUGGUGGACGAGGAGCACCACUCACCAGAUGUCCGAAAGCUCAAACGAGGAGACUGGUUAGUCCUCGUAUCUUCCCAGAACGUUUCAGCUGCCCAUUAUCGAGUUCAGCAUGUCGCAUUGCCCAGCAUAUCCCUCGGAGAGCCUGUCGGGGUGGACUACAUCGACACGUCUCAGCAAACAGCAGCCACGGUUCAAAAUGACAGUCUGCCAUACAUCUCAGGGACUAUCGAGGCUCACUGCUAUGUUUAUGACAACCACUUUGAGGAUCUCUCCACACAAGAGCAGUUGUGCGCUGUUCUUACAUUGUUGGAGGUCUUGCCAGGGGUUGGAGAAAUGUAUCAGCACUUGGAACGUCAAACAAAGGGUCGAAAACGCGCCGCCGCAUCCCUCAAAUCGUGGAGCGAGAGAAUUCCCGAAUCAUCUGUCAAUCUACUUCGUUGGAUUGUAGCCUCGAAUCGAUCAUGCAUUGCGCAAGUGGAUGAAGUCAGUGGCGAGAUCAAACGCAAGUCUUCGCUCAUGAAGGAAGACCGGAUCGGGGGGAUGGAUCUCUGGAUGCAAUUUCGCUUUGCCCAAGGUGCACCAGACAAAGAGAAGCGGUUCAACGACUGCGUCAUGAGAGAGGCAGCUGCCACCCGUACCAAUUAUCCUACUAUAUUCGCCUGGCAUGGCAGUCGCUUGGCCAACUGGCACUCAAUUGUUCGACAAGGGCUUCACUACGAUGAAGUAGUCAAUGGUCGAAGUUUUGGAAACGGGGUCUACCUAAGCCCACAUGCACAGACAAGUCUAGUGUAUGCCAAUCCAGAUAAUCAAACUCGCGCCCAGUGGAAACCCUCGAUGCUCAACAUCACCAAGGCUUUCUCCCUUAACGAAGUGGUUAACAAUCCGGCCAAGUUUGUCAGCAAGACGCCACACUACGUGGUCUCGGACAUUGACUGGAUCCAGACUCGAUAUUUGUUUGUCAAGACCGCCACAGGCUUCAAUGUGGACAGUCAUCCGUUGACGGAUGUCUACGAACAGGACCCAGACUAUCUGGCCCGGAAUGAAGCCAACCAAGCAAUAACGAUUCCGAUAUCAGCCAUCUCCAAGUCCCGCAGACCGUAUCAGAGCAUCCAAAUGACUCCAACCGAGGUGGGAAAGCGCGCCAAAACCAUGGUCGGCAUAGAUCAAGCUACCGGUGAGCGUCAAGAGGAUGACGCUAACAGCGUCGUUUCUGAUGCAGAUGACUUGGCAAUCCUAAAGACGAGCAGAUUCGAGGAAGAAAAUGAUGCUCUUGGUGGUUGUGACGAAACGUUGCCCGGCUGCGAUGGUGGUGCCACUGCGUUCGCUGCACCCACCGAGCUGGCGACAGACUUUGUGCCUGGCACGCUCGAUUUGCGCGACAUCAAAUUUCUGGAACCACCCAGAGAUGCCACAACCACGUCGACCAAGGCCCUCAUGCGGUUGCUGCGUGACGCCGUGACUCUGCAGGAGAGAAGCCCAGCGGCAACCUUGGGAUGGCACAUUGACCGCAGCUUGAUCAACAACAUGUAUCAGUGGAUUGUGGAACUGCACAGCUUCCCAGCCAGCCUGCCUCUGGCGCAGGACCUAAAAGCCUGUGGACUGACGUCGAUCGUGCUCGAGAUGCGAUUUUCCAACCAAUUCCCAUUCAGCCCGCCUUUUAUUCGCGUAGUCAAACCACGGUUUCUUCCAUUCGCGAAGGGAGGCGGAGGCCACGUGACGGAAGGGGGCGCCAUGUGUAUGGAGGUGUUGACCAACAAUGGGUGGAGUGCAGCACAGAGCGUCGAGAGCCUUUUACUGCAGGUGCGCAUGGCACUUUCUGACGAAGAGCGGCCUGCGAGGCUUGCCAAGGGGGGUGUGGGCGGACAAGAUACCUAUGGCAUUGGUGAGGCGGUCGAAGCAUAUGUGCGGGCCUGUCGCAAUCAUGGCUGGCAGGUGCCUUCAGGAUUCGACCGACUUCAUCUGGAAUAG